AAAUCCAUAUUUUCUUUCCAUUAAAGGAAGAUCCAGUUUAGCUUGUCUCUCUCCAAAAAGAAAAGAGCGAAAGAAAAAGAUUUGAAUUCAUGAACAAUCGCAAGCUUCUUCUCAAUGAGAGAGUCGAGGUCCGCCAGUUUGAGGAAGGGCUGCGGGGAUCAUGGCACCCUGGGGUGGUAGUUGGCGUUUCACAUUUAUUCCGAUCUAUUGAAUAUAAUGAACUCUUAUGUGAAACACGUGAUUCAAACCUCAUUGAGUCCAUCCCUGUGACGGAAGCAAUUGAAGGUCUUCAUAGCCGUCGCCAUGUUUCAUCAACCUAUCGAGGGCAUAUACGACCUCUUCCUCCCUCAUCUCAACCUCGUUCUAAUCAAAACCUGGGUUUUGGAGUUUGUGUUGAUGCAUUUUUUGAAGAUGCAUGGUGGGAAGGGGUUAUUUUGGAUAAUGAUGAGAAUGCAUCAGAGCGGUCUGUGUAUUUUCCUGAUGAGGAUGAUGAGUGCAAAUUCAGUGUGAGUCAAUUGCGUGCAGCUCAUGAAUGGGAUGAGUUUCUAGGCAUUUGGAGAGACCGAGGUAUAUGGAUAUUGGUGGAGUUAGCAAAGGAGCUUGAAGGUGAUGUUCCCUUGGCUUGCUCUGUAAGGAAAGUUUGGUCCUCCUUACGUUUAAAUUAUGGGUUUGCAAAGAUGAUAUCUGAGUGGACUUGUGGUGUCCGGACUGUUUGGAAGAAGUACUUCAUGGAAGUUGUUCAAGAGAUUGCAGUUGGGUCAAGCCGGCGAAAUCUUGCUAAUCGCAAAAUCUUGGCAUGGAUGGUGCGGAAGAAAAGUAAAAAAUAUGAGGAUCCUGGGAAGGCAAAUUCCCAUUUAUCUGACACUUCUGCACAAGCAGAAAGUUGCAUUGAUUUCAAGGAUGUUAGAUCAUGUCAAAAGGGAGAGGGAAGAGAUUCUCUUGGUAAGCAUAAUAGAAGGAAGCAAUCUGUAAUGUCAAAAUCGAAACACGAGGAGCUAUCUAUUAUGAAUGCAUCUACUAGUAAAUGUUUUCAGGCAGAUAAAUCAUGUGGGGAAAAGCAAAGAAUGGAAUCUGGUAAACUAGAUUGUGAAAUAGACAAGCAAAAGUCUCCUAUACUUGGUGAAAAUGAGGGUAAUAGACUAUCUGUUGACAGCUCGAGAGGAAGUAAAACCAUUUCAUUUUCUGUCUCUGAAGUUCAAGACAAUCAAUCGGGCUCCGGGAAUUUCGCUAAGCAUGGGCAGAUUGAUGGUAAUCUUGCUGUCAGUUUUCCUGACUCUAGCAAAAUGCAGGGGAGCCAACCAGCAUUCUUCUCUGUUAUUCCUAAGAAGAGAAGACAUUCAUUAAUGAGAAGAAGGGUUUCAAAAAGUCACCUGCGACUCAUUUCAAAGGUUAAAAAUCCAUCAAAGGUGAUGAAGGGGAAUAACAAGGCUCCUUUCCUUGUUUAUAGAAGUAAUUCAGUGAUGAGAAGGUUUCCAAAGACAUCCCCGCAAGCUGAUUCAAAAGUUGAAGCCAACACUAAGGAGGAGAAAGGCGUAGAUGUCAUAAACAUAGAGGAUGAUUUAGUUGAUGCUCAUCAUUUUUUGAGUCCUGCUGUUGAUAAUUGCAGAAAAAAGGCUAGUCUUAACGACAUGGUGUCUGGUUCUCAGAGGAGCAAGAGGAAGCGACAACGUUGUGUUUCCCGACUGUGUGAUACUAUAUGUAGUGUCUGUCACUACGGAGAAGAUCUUAUAAGUUGUGGUCACUGCCCAUGCUCAUAUCAUUUAAGUUGCAUUAGCCUCAAGGAUGUACCUAGUGAAAAGUGGUUUUGCCCAUCUUGCUGUUGUGGAGUAUGUGGCUUGAGACAUUACAAGGAUGACGGUGAACAUUUUACAAAAGCUUGUCUCCAAUGCAAUCGCCAAUAUCAUGUUGCUUGCCUAAGUGAAACUCAGCGUAUGUCUCCUACAGACUAUCCAUCUGGGAGUUUUUGUAGUGAGGCCUGUUAUAAGUUGUGUGCUCAACUUCAUCAACUUUUGGGAAUUUCAAAUCCCACUACGGUAGAUGGCAUAAGCUGGACGCUGAUGAGAUCAUUGAAAGAUGUGUAUAAAUUUCCUGAUAUGUCAAGAACUCACACAUGGAUUGAGCUAUCCAAUGUACUAGGGGUUAUCCACGAGUGUUUUGAACCUGUUGAGGAUCCCCAUACCAAGAGAGAUUUGGUCAGAGAUGUUGUUUUCAAUUCAGGGUCCAAACUUAAGCGAGUGGAUUUUCGUGGAUUUUAUGCCAUGGUUCUCCAUAAUGGUCAUGAAAUUUUGUCAAUAGCCACAGUGAGGAUACAUGGGCUAAAGGUUGCUGAGAUGCCUUUAGUCGCUACACCUUUCCAAUAUCGUCGGCAGGGCAUGUGUCGAAUUCUUUUUCAGGAGUUGGAGAAGCUGCUUGUUAAAAUGGGCAUUGAGAGGUUAGUCUUGCCUGCAAUACCUCAGCUUAGAGAAACAUGGGAAAAGUCCUUUGGUUUCUUGGAAAUGCCAUUUUCAGAAAGGCUGCAAUUCUUGGGCUAUCCUUUUUUGGCCUUCCAGGGGACGACAAUGUUACAGAAACUCCUUAGUGACCCUACCAUUAAUAAGGGGAUGAGAGAUUUUGCUGGAAAAUCUUCUGAUUUUGGAGGAAAUGCGUCAAAUAUCUUUAAGAAGCACAUGCAAGGGUCUGAUAGCAAGGACACAUUCAAUGGCUUGUGUUACGGGUGCAGGCUGAAAGAAGUUAUAGGGAAAAAAAAUUUGGUCAACAACUGCGGUGGACUAAUGCAACUUUCCAAGAAAUUGUGCAAGCGUAGACGAAUACUGGCUAGCUGAGAUUGAGGUACUGAUGAUUGAAGUAACUAAAAACUCAUAGGUGAUCAUCUGUCUAUACGGCUUUUAGGGGAAUGCAGUUGAGUUGGUUUGUUGAUUGCCAUCAUUAACUGUGGCAGUAAAUAGCAAAUCUAACCAGUGGAUAUUAGUCACCCUUUUUGUUUGAGACUAACUUACAAUUCUCACACAAAACUCCUCCUGACUUGCUAAGGUGGAGCUCUCACCAAGUGUCUAAAAGAACUCAGAUUAGAACAUUUUUGAAUGAGAGUGCUUUUAAUGGUA